AUGUUCCGACUCCUUGUCGCGCUGAUCCUUGCCGCCGUCUUGGCGGCGUCCACCGAUGCCCGUGCUAUCCACCCUCUCUUCCUCCCCUUCGGCGAAGGUGGCCGUCGCCUCAUCGGCAUCGACAGUUGCGACGAAUGCAUAGCCUUAUGUCAACAGGUGCACUACAGGACGCUGUGCAGAAGGCUAGCGACGCUGCCGGCGGUGACAACUCCGAAGCAGCUGCUGGACGUGGCCCUGCGGGUGUCGGCGGCGAAGGCGGCCAUGGCGGCGAUGCGGCUGGACGGGGCGAUCAGGUCAGGCGGUCGGGCCACGGGUAGGGCGAUGAUGUCGUCGCUGCAGACGUGCAGGGAGAGCUACGCAUCGCUGGUGGACUCGCUCAAAACCUCCCGGACCACGCUCAAGAACGGAGGCAGCCAUGACGAUCUCAUGUCGCUGCUUUCCGCCGCCGGCACCUACUCCACGGACUGCAAGGACGUCUUCGACGAACGGCCGGAGCUCAAGUCGCCGAUAUCCGGCGCGCAGCGCCACAUCACCCGCCUCGUCAGCAACUGCAUCGAACUGGCUGCCACCAUCAAGCAGCCCUGA